AUGCCAAUAAGAGUGAAACUGAGAGCUUUUUCAUUUCGUUUCUCAGGGGCUGUGAGAGCAGAAGAUCUGGUCCAGCCUGCGCCCAGUGGGGAAGACAGGGCUGAGAGGCAAGAAGAAAGAGAAACUUCUUCUCCGUCACUUUAUUCUCUACUUUCCUCUUCCUCCUCUUCUUCUUACCACUCCUGUGUCUCCUCACUCUCUGACAGUGAAGAUGAUCCAGUCAGCUUCAGCUACUUCCAUGUAGAAACGAUCACAGCAGAGAACAUUGCAUGGGAGUCUGAUGCCAAAUUGGAACCAAUUCCAAAGAGGUCUAGGAUGUACAGCAGGGAGGAGUGGGAGGGGAGUAUACUAGAUUCUUCUCCCCAGAAUGUAUCCCCCUUGGCCCUAUUCAUUGGCAAAGAUCCCACUCUGGAAGGUAACAACAAAGAAAUAGAAGAGGAAAAAGCAGGAACCUCAAGGGACUCUGAAAAAAGACCAGAGCUCCAGACUCCUGACUGGACCAGUCCUCCAAAAGGUGCCUACCACUGCAUGACCUGCUUCAGAAUUUUCUCUACCCAUGGGGCUCUGGAAGCACAUACACAUCACAAGACGAGAGAGAGUUUCAGCUGCAGUAUUUUUCACCCAAUACAAGAGAGAAUUACCCUGCAGAAUGGAGUCCAGAGCGAAAAUCUCAAGAGAUUGCACCAGGAAAUUCAACCAGGGCAUCAGGAAGAUGAGAGUCAAAGUCAGACUGUGCAUCAUCAAGAAGAGAAAUGUGGUGAAGACCCAUUUCUGAAGAGUCAGUGCACUUGA